GAAGGGAUAAGGCGCACAUGUGCUAGGAUUUGAUUUAUUCCCUCAAUCAGCUUUCAUUUUCCCGCUUGCAUACUGAUACUUUCAAAGGUACAUGGGAAUAGGGAGAUAACGCAUCCAUUGACCUGCAAACAGAUUGGCCGGAGUGCAGGAGGAGGAGUCAAAGAGAGAGCGAGAGAGAGAGGGAUGAAAGAAUGAAGGUAGGAGGAUGCAGAGAGAGGGACAGAGAGCACUAGUUGGGAUGGGAAGAGCAGGGAGAGGAGAUCUCUAAUAAUAGCACUGGAGGGAAGCAAGAGCGUGCAGAGGAAAAAGUGGUUCAUGCAGCAAAGCGAAUCAUGCCGACACAGAGCAAUGAAAGAGUACGAUGGAGUGAGAGCGGGGAAAGUUGAAAGCACAUGCUCUGCUUUCCUGCAUGCAGAGCGUAAAGGGGAAAAAGACAAAUAGGAAGCAGCAGGAGGAAGACGUUCUUAAUUCAAAGGAAUUACGAUCUCGAGAAAACCCUCUUAUUAGACUUCUGAAGUUCUUGUGUUUUUGUGAGCACAGCUCACAAAAUCCUUUCCAAUGGUAACUUUGGACACGUGUGUUAGGUUGCAGAGCGUGUGAAACAUGCCCUCCACUCGGCCUUCAUCCAAUAAUGCAGAGGUGUGAGAGCCACGAAUCUGAGGUCCAGCGGAGCCCCUCAUUGGACAGCGCAGAGUCAGAAUUCACCCGGGCGGCCCAUCGGGGUCACCGCCUGGCCGUGGGGGCAUUCUACGGCUCCCGGGGGUCAAAUGUCAAAGAUCAAACGGCACAGAGUGACGGUGUUGUGGUCGCUGUCCCACCUGUAGGGAAGCCUCAGGAUAAGCGCGUGUCUACCGGUGGGAAGUACGUUGUGUUUUACCUGGACUUGUCGUUUGUGUUGCUCCUAGAGUUCGAGAAGCUGAAGAUGGCUCGUGGAUGCCUGUGCUGUGUCAAAUACAUGAUGUUCCUCUUUAACCUGCUGUUCUGGUUGUCGGGCUGCGGGUUGUUAGGUGUGGGCAUAUGGCUGUCUGUUUCUCAGGGCAGUUUUGCCACCUUCUCCCCCUCCUUCCCCUCCCUAUCAGCCGCCAAUCUGGUCAUUACCUUGGGCUCUGUCAUCAUGGUCACGGGCUUUCUUGGUUGCCUCGGUGCCAUCAAGGAGAACAAGUGCCUGUUGCUGAGUUUCUUCAUUGUUUUGUUGAUCAUUCUGCUGGCAGAGCUUAUUAUGCUCAUCCUUUUCUUCGUGUACACGGACAAGGUGAGCGAGAACGCUAAGCAGGAUCUGAAAGACGGCCUGAGGCUCUACAACACGGACAAUAACAUCGGCCUCCGCAACGCCUGGAACAUUAUCCAAGCUGAGUGGCAGUGUUGUGGUGUUACUGGGCACACAGACUGGCAUGAUGCCCUGCAGGAGAAAACAGUUCCAGACAGAUGCUGCCAGGAACACUACAAAGAGUGCGGUCGUAACGCCACUAACGUCUUCUGGUCACAGGGUUGCUAUGAGAAGGUUGAGGAAUGGCUAAAUGACAACAAACAUUUGCUCGGAACCAUCGCGAUGUGUGUGCUGGUCUUACAGCUGCUCGGGAUGGCAUUCUCCAUGACUUUGUACCAGCAAAUCCACAGGGCGGGAAAGAAGUAUGAUGCCUAGAGGAAACCCAGUGUUACACGAAAAAAAAAAAAAAAAACUCUCUUAGCAGCUAAUGUAUUAUUUCAAACCCUGCUUUGUGCCAUCACAAA